AUGGUCGAUGGAGCUGCGCAUUCAAAUGGAACAUCUUUGAAUAUUCCAACGCCUUUACCGCCGCCACCAACUUAUUAUCAUGUAAGGGAGACAUUUUUGACAGCAAAAACAAGCCUGGAUGGAUUUUGGGGUCAAAAAACACCCUAAAUUUAAGGACCCCCAAGUUCUGGGCUCUCAAAAAUCAUAGCUCCAUUUUAAAAUUAUUUUUUGGGGAGAAAUAAAGUUUCAGACGAUUUACUGAAAUUAAACAUUUUUCAAAAAAUUUUGGAGUUUUUUUAUUUUUCGCCUGAAAAUUCACACGUGCUCAUACAUUUUUUCAAAAAAUUAUCUGAAUUUUUGAAUUUUCAGAAAAUUUUGUGAUAUGUGAGCACAUGUGAAUUCUCAUGAAUUUUCAUCCAAAAAUAAAAAAACUCCAAAAUUUUUUGGAAAAAUGUUUACUGCCAGUAAAUCGACUAUGCUGAUCAAUAUCUGAACCUAUAUUUCUCCCAAAAAAUAAUUUUGAAAUUGAGCUAUGAUGAUUUUUGAGAGCUCAGAACUUGGCUCAGAGGUUCUAAAAUUUUCAGGGAUUUUUUGACCCUAAAAACUGUCUAUGGACGAAAUUUCAUAAAGAUUUGAAUGGGAUGAUUCAAAUGUCCAAAAACUUUAUUUUAUCCACACAAAAAUGUCAAAAACAGGAAAAAAAUAUAGUUUUUUUUUUAAAUGUGAUUCAAAUGUUAAAAAACUAUAUAUUUUCCUAUUUUUGACAUUUUUUCCACACAAAAAUGAAAAAAAUGUCAAAAAUAGGAAAAAAUAUAGUUUUUUGAUAUUUUUUUCGACUAGAAUCCCCCAGAAUUGUUGAGCAAAAAAGCAAGAGCAAAAUUAUUUUUCCAGGCACCGGUCCCCCAAUUUCCAACAAUGGUAUUCCGCCCGCCACCAGUUCCCCCACCAAUGCCAUCUUCAAAUGUCUUUGAUCCAUCUCCACCAUCUUCUUCUUCAUCAUCUCGUCAUCAACCUGCGGCACCGGAUAUGUUCUCAGUUCUCCCGCCACCUCAACCACCCGCACAUUUUCCACCACCUCCAACUUCCACCAAUAAUCAAGAGAAUCUUCAUCAUCGUCCCUCGACAUCGGCGCCUGGAAAAGUGCCACCACCACCAGGACAUGCACCACCGCCAACUUCGUCGUCGCAUUCGAAAAGAUCAUCGAAAAUGAUGGGAAAUUUGCCGCUGCCACAUGUGGAGAGUCGAAGAAUUGCGUCGAAACCGGUGUAAGUUGAGAAGUUUGAGCGAUUUUGAGCUGAAAAACAGAAAUUUGAGCGAUUUUGCUCUCAGAAACCCCCAAAAAUCCCAUUUUCAGCCUAAUUUUGUCUGAAUAUGCUUCAAAUCACCUUCAGAAUCUGAAAAAUUCGAAAAUUUAAGUCUAGAAAUUUUUAUGAUCGAAUUCGUGCUCAUUUUGCUCAGAAACCCCCAAAAAUUUAUUUUUCAGUAUUUUCAGCCAAAUUUUGUCUGAAAAUGCUCCAAAUCACCUUUAAAAUUUGAAAAUUCACAAAAUUUAAGCCUAGAAACUUUUCUGAGCAAAUUUGGGCUCAUUUCACUCAGAAACCCCCCAAAAAUCCAACUUUCCUAGCAUUUUCAGCAAAAUUUUGUCUGAAAACGCUAAUUGUAAGAAAUACGAUUUUAAAUGGGUUUCUGAGCAAAAUGAGCCCAAAUUUGCUCGGGAAAAGUUUCUAGACUUAAAUUUUGUGAAUUUUUAGAUUCUAGAAGUGAUUUAGAGCAUUUUCAUACAAAAUUUGGCUCAUUUUGUUCAGAAACACCUUAAAAAUCCGAUUUCUACGCAUUUUCAGCCAAAUUUUGUCUGAAAAUGCUUCAAAUCACCUUUAAAAUCUGAAAAUCAUUGAAAAUUCGAGCAAAAGAAAAUGCUUCAACAUUUUUAGCCUCCUUCCCGAUUUUUAAGAAAAUUCUGGAAAUUCUAGAAUUCGACUUGAUCUUCUUAAAGUUCGGAAAAAUCUCUGAAUCCUUUUAGAUUUUCCCGUUCUUAUAAAAAUCCCUGAAUUUUUCCAGAGUUAUGAAUCGCCGCGGUGUUCGUCGACGAGUCGAACCAGGCCAAGAAGAAUGGGGCACAAAACUAUUAUCGGAUUAUUCAAUGUUGGAUCAAAUUGGAGAAGGAACCUACGGACAAGUCUAUAAAGCAGUCAAUAAAACAACCGGCGAACAAGUUGCAUUAAAAAGAGUUCGAUUGGAAAAUGAAAAAGAGGGAUUUCCGAUAACUGCAGUUCGAGAAAUUAAGAUUUUGCGACAAUUGAAUCAUAAGAAUAUUGUGAGAUUGAUUGAUAUUGUUUCGGAUAAUGCAAGUGUUCAGGAAUUGAGCAAAUCUAGAAGUGAGUUAUCAUAUUUUUGAUGGUUUUUUAUCUUUAUACAAAAAUUCCCCCGUUUCAGCCGUCAAUUUUUAUUUGGUCUUCGAAUAUGUCGACCACGAUUUAAUGGGUUUAUUGGAGUCGCGUGAUUUGAUUGAAUUCAGUCGCGAACAAAUUUGUGGAUUAUUUAAACAGUUAUUAGAGGGAUUAGCAUAUUGUCAUAAAGCUGGAUUUUUGCAUCGUGAUAUUAAAUGUAGCAAUAUACUUGUCAAUAAUCGGUGGGUUUUUACAAUUUCUGGUAUUUUAUUGUUACCUGAAAUUACAAGAAAUUCAAAAAAUUCGAAAUUUUUGGAUGGAAAAUGUAGAUUUUGACCUGCUGAUCGCGAUUCUGUUGUUUUUAUUUUUUUGUUACCUGAAAUUACGAGAAAUUCAAAAAAUUCGAAAUUUCGUGUAGAUUUUGACCCGCUCAUCGAGAUUCCGUUGUCUAAAGCUCAACUUCUAACAUGAGUGGCAAACUUCGAAAAUUUGGGAUUUUAGAAGGGAAAAACUCGCUUUCAAAAUUAAUGUAGGGUUCCUAGUAAUCAAUUUUGCAAUUUUUUGUAUUUUCUUGUAACCCGAAAUUACGAGAAAUUCAAUAAAUUCGAAAUUUUGGAUGAUUUUCGUGAAAAUCAUUUUGAAAGCGGGUCCUGGCCUCCUAAAAUCCCAAAUUUUUCAACUUUGCCACGUCAUAACUCUUGUCAGAAGUUAGGAUUUGCAAUUUUAGACAACGGAAUCCUGAUCAGCGUGUCGAAGUCUACUGGGAAACAUAUUUUUCGAAUUUUUUGAAUUUCUCGUAAUUUCAGGUUACGAGAAAAUACAAGAAAUUGCAAAAUUGAUUACUAAAAAACCUAUCGGGUCGAAGCCUACUGGAAAACAUUUUUCCAUCCAAAAUUUCGAAUUUUUUAAAUUUCUCGUAAAUUCAGGUAACAAGAAAAUACAAGAAAUACAAAAAUUGAUUACUAGAAAACCUAGCGGGUCGAAAUCUACAUAUUUUUCCAUCCAAAUUUUGAAUUUUUGAAAUUUCUUGUAAUUUCAGGUUACAAGAAAAUACAAAAAAUUGCAAAAUUCACUAGAAAACCUAUAUUUUAUCCCCUGUUUCACCAAGAAUCCCCUCUUUUUUGCAGUGGAGAACUAAAAGUAGCCGAUUUGGGUUUGGCUCGUUUAUGGCAUGAAGGAAUCGAGCGACCAUACACGAAUCGCGUCAUCACAUUAUGGUAUCGACCGCCCGAAUUGUUGCUAGGUGAAGAAUGUUAUGGUCCAGAAAUUGAUGUGUGGAGUGUUGGUUGUAUGUUGGGUGAAUUAUUCACCAGAAAACCACUGUUUAUUGGAAAUAAUGAGAUUGUUCAGCUGGAUUUGAUUAGUAAGGUGAGCUUUCUUUCAAUUAAAUCUUUUAGGCUCAAAAAAUAGGCUUAUUUGGACCUUUUUGGAAAAUCCCGAUUUUUCAGGUCUGCGGAACUCCGAAUACUGAUGUUUGGCCGGAUGUUGUGAAAUUGAAGGGUUAUGAUGUGAUUAAGGCGAAACGAGUUUAUCCGAGAAGGAUACGAGAGGAUUUUGAGAGGUGGGUUUUUCGAAAAGCGUGCCAGGCUUGCUGAAAUGGGCGGAGCUUUGAGAAAAAUUUUUUCUAGCAUAAUGCCCUCAUCAGCCAUCGAUCUUCUUGACCAACUUCUCGUUCUCGAUCCGAAAAAACGUCUAACAGCCCGUGAAGCAUUGAUGCAUCCGUGGAUUCGAUCACUGGAAAAUCAAAAAGUUGCACCGCUCCGCCUUCCCAAACAUCAAGAUUGUCAUGAAAUGUGGAGUAAAAAACAGAAGAAGAAUCAUCGAGUGAUGAAUAAUACUACAACUGGAGGAAGUGGGGGAGGAAGUGGAAGUUAUUCGAUGAAGGGUGAUUAAAAAUUGGGGAUUUUGAGUGGAACAUGGAGAGAAAAUCCGAUUUUUGAGCCAAAUUUUGAGUGAAAAUUCGAAAAAUUCACAAAAUUUAAGUCCCAAACUUGCUCUACACUCAAACUUUGUGAAUUUUUCGAAUUUUCAGUGAAUUGGAGCUUCUCAGACAAAAUUUGGCUGAAAAUGCUAAUUUCUGAGCGAAUGUGCUCAAUUUUGUUCGGAAAACGUUUAUUUUUCGAAUUUUCAGUGAUUUUCAGAUUCUAGAAGUGGUUUGGAGCAUUUUUUUUGCGUUCUUUGAAGAAAUUUUUGAGCCGAGAAAAUUCUAAUAUGAGCAAUGUUAAUUUUUUCUUGAAUUUAUCAGAGUUGAGACUUAAUUUACUAAUAUGAGCAAUGUUUUUUUCUUCAAAAUUUUUUUUAAUUCAGAAAGUUUUUUCUAACAUGAGCAAUGCCAAUUACUUUCAGAUGAAGUUUUCCAAUUUUUUCAGAAAACCGGUUUUUUCUAAUAUGAGCAAUGUUUUCUGAUUUCUGAAAAAUGUAAUUUUCAAAUCAGAAAUCUUCUUUUCCAGCCAUGCCACGUCAUAGCAACGGAUCUUCGACAACAACAUCAAAUCAACAUCGAACAUCUUCAUCAUCUUCUUCGCACCAAAAUCCACCACCACAUCAUCAUCAUCAACAACACCAUCAAUCGCAUCGCUAG